AUGAGCGAAGGAUUCUUCAACAAACGGCAAAAAACGGCGCCCUCUGAAAGGACCAAUAACGAGGAUUCGAAGCCCUGGAUUGAAAAGUACAGACCCAAGAAGCUAGAAGAUGUAACGGCCCAAGACCAUGCAGUCAACGUUCUACAGAAAACGCUAAAAUCGGCUAAUCUACCACAUAUGUUGUUCUAUGGGCCCCCGGGAACCGGUAAAACUUCGACUAUUUUGGCAUUAACCAAAGAACUAUACGGCCCAGCGCUUACCAAAAGUCGAGUACUGGAACUAAAUGCUUCAGACGAAAGAGGGAUAGCAAUUGUUCGCGACAAGAUCAAAAAUUUUGCCAGACUAACAGUUUCAAAACCAUCCACGUCCGAUCUUGAAAAUUACCCAUGCCCACCUUAUAAAAUUAUUAUCUUAGAUGAAGCUGAUUCUAUGACCGCAGAUGCUCAAAGCGCACUCAGAAGAACCAUGGAAACUUUCUCAAAUGUAACGCGGUUUUGUCUUAUUUGCAAUUACGUGACAAGAAUUAUAGAUCCUUUGGCGUCGCGUUGCUCGAAGUUCCGCUUCAAAUCUUUGGAUGCUUCAAAUGCACUUGGACGUCUCCAGCACGUUGCGUCCCAAGAAAGCCUCAAUUUGGAAAAUGAAGUGCUGGAAAAAAUACUCAAUGUGUCCCAGGGCGAUCUCAGAAGAGCCAUUAUGCUUCUACAAUCGUCUUCCAAAAUUGUAAAACACUUAGACCCCCCUAUAGUUACACACCUGGCAGUAGACGAACUGGCAGGCACCGUUCCUACAGAUCUGGUGUCGAAUCUCACAACAAAAAUCACCAGUAUGGACUUUUCUGAGAUUAUGAAAUACGUUGGCGAUCUCAAAAGAAGUGGCUGGAGUGGGGCUGCAAUGGUUAAUCAGCUUCAUGAGUACUACAUCAAUAAUGAUCAGCUCACCAAGUCUUUCAAAAAUGAAGUUUCCUGGCUCAUAUUUAAUUCGGAUUCGAAACUAACAAAUGGCGGGAACGAGCAUAUUCAAUUAGCCAGCUUAGCUAUUGGUAUUGCCAACCUGUACAGAAAGGGUAUGUGA